AUGAUUAUUUUAACGUUCUAACAGACGUUAACAAACACUACCACUAACACUAACGAACACUACCAUGCAUAACAUAAACUUGAUAACGCUGCCAUACGCAGCAAAUUCCCUAAAACCGGAUUUCUACUGCUUAGCCGCACAGUACGCGGCGCGCACAGUGCGUCAUCAUUAACGAAGGCAACGAAUCGUGUAGAAGACGAAACCGAUAAACGUUUAGGCGAACAUUAGCCGGUCCAUCCAUUGCGUCAGCAUCGCAUAUGCAUGCCAGAAUCCUAAAUCAUCAUCAGUUGUGUUUUGAAUCGCGAGUAGCUUGGUUACGGUAUUUGCUGCGGAAUGGUACUACAACAGCUGAUCACAGUCGUCGGGGUGUACAGUACAAUCUGCUGGCUGUAUGACAAUCUGCGUACACCGCUGUUGCUACUGUUCGGAAGUUUCAAAAAGUUGUUUUUGGGUGGCCAACAAUCGUUGUCCAAAACUUACGGACCAUGGGCAGUAAUUACGGGUAGCUCGGACGGAAUCGGGAAAGGUUAUGCACACUAUUUGGCUAGCCAAGGCAUGAAGGUGUUGCUCAUCGCCCGCAAUGAAGCGAAAUUGAAACGUGUAGCAGAGGAAAUUACGGCCAAACACGGUACGGAGACCAAAAUACUGGUGGCGGAUUUUUCGCAAGGAGAGCAAAUCUAUGAACGGCUUGAGAAGGAACUGAGUACAUUAGAUAUCGGUAUCUUAGUUAAUAAUGUGGGCGUUAUCAACGAAAAGCCGAUACAGCUGGAUCGGAUGGAGAAACGAUUGCUGUGGGAUCUAAUCAAUAUUAACGUCGGGGCCGCAACAAUCCUGUGCAACAUUUCACUGCCAGCAAUGAAAAAGCGCCACCGUGGACUUAUCAUAAACAUUUCUUCCUUAUCAUCGCUCGCUCCGACACCUUAUCUGGCGGUUUAUGCAGCGACGAAGGCUUACAUGACAAGCUUUUCCUUGGCAUUGCGUGAAGAAGUUGCCCCGUACGGGAUAGAAUGUCAAACCGUCUCACCCGGGUACGUGCAUACGAGUAUGACCGAGUACCUAACGCCAACCGAUGGAAAGAAAAACUCUUUCUCAAUACGACUGGUUAAAGUGAGCGAUAUGAUCCGGUACGCCGGGUACUGUAUCUCGAAAGUGGAUCAAACCACCGGUCAUUGGUCACACGGUAUACAGACCGCGACGCUCAAUAUUCUACCAGCUUCACUGAGGCUUCGUGUAUUUACCCGUCUUUAUACACAGCUCUUGCACGAAUAUUCCGAUAAGGAAAAGUAGUUUGCGUGAUUUUUCAAUUUACACCAAACCGUGAGCGUAAUGUUCGUAGACACUAAUUCGCUAACCAAAAACGCAUACAUUGAGGCCACCUGCAUUUUAUAUUACCUAGAAAUAAACGACAAAACUAUUUACUAUCAA